AUGGCAGACGGGCCAGCUGCGCCAGCGGGUGCCCCUGCAACUUCUGCACCUGCAUCGCCCCCAGGGAGCCCAAAGGAGCUAAGGCCACCAAGACUUCCCUCUAUCUGUAGCGAGAUCCGGCGGAAGGGGACUCAAAACUCCUUCGACCCUGAUGGGUCGGCUCCAUAUGGAGAGGUGGUGCUGUGCAAGCCCAGCAUGUCUAUGACCCUUUUGGCUUCCUUCUUUGCCUUUCUCUUUAUGCUUGCGGGGCUUAUGGCUUGGAGCAUCGCGGAGGUCGGCAUCCCUGGAUUUCCGCGAGAUGAAAGGUGGGUUAUCAUCUUCCGCUGUCUUGGCUGGAUAUGCAUGUACUUCGUGCCCGUUCAUAUCAUCGGCAUCUCCAACAUACGCAGCUUUACUGUCUAUGGGAGGUCCCCAGGAAACACAAGCCUUGUUUGCUGCAACACUGGUCUUGGCCCAGUUCAGAUGCCUGACUUAGCGCAGCAAGCGGGACAAAGUGUUUAUAGAGGCUUCGCUGCAAGUCUGCUAAUGCAUGGGAUAUGCUUGUCCAUCUACGUCAUCGGCAUCAGCAUGUACAUCGGUGAUUCACACCAGUACUGUGGCUUCAUCUUGGUUUAUGGCCUGGGCCAUAUCAUCGUGAUCGUAGUGUGCGAGAGCAUCGCUCCAUUCAUCAACCCACUUCCAGAUCCCGUCGUCAUACCCUAUGCUGCCGCGAUGGGUCCGGCCACCCUGGGUGUCAUCCUUAUUGGCUUCUUUGCUGGGACCACGGCCUACAGCAUGGCGAAACGCCUGGUGGGGGCCUGGUUAGGUAUUCUCAUGCCCCCUGUCCUUGGCAUCUAUGAGCUGAUUGCGACAAUGAUAAUUGGGCAAGCUUUCUCGCGGAAGUUUGUGACCAACAAGGCUGUUCGUGAGCAGUACCUCGAGUCAAAUCAAGGCAUCGUUGUCUCGCUGUCUGUGGCGCUCGCUCACGCGAUGGCCGAAGGGGCUCGUCUGACUCUGAUUCUGGUAGACAUCGCCCAUGACUCCCGAGACUGGGACUUCAUGGUCCCAAUCUUGUGCGGUUUGCUAUGGAACAUCACAGCAAGAGCAGGGGGCGUUGACCUGUUACUUGCGAUUUCUACAUGUGGCCGCCGCACUCCAACUCAAUGUAGCUUGCUGCUGCAGGAUGUGAAGUAUUGCAUGGGAUAUCCCAGAUUCUUCGCGGUUGGCGCCAUUGCUGUUGCACGCGUGUUGAACUUGCAUCCUGUCCUACCUCCCGGCCAGGACAGCAUAGGGCUGGCACUUGCAACGAUGUUUGCCGCAGAGGUUGUUGAAGACGUUGUGAGCAUGAUGCUGGCGCACGUGGGCUUGAGGGUGCAUCCACGACCGCCAUACGUGUCUGAUGAUGAAGUAGAGUCCAUGGCCGCGCAACAACUUCGUGCACCGGGAAAGAAGUCCACCAAAUCGUUGUCUGCGGUGCUGCCUGGCCCUACGCAACCAGGUGAAGCUGCAAAUGCCGAGUCUGUGAGGGACCAAAGUUGGAGAAUCCGAGAGGCCUUGGACUUCGCCUACAGGGAGCAGCCCUACGAGGAGCUGCCUUUUUGGGGCCACUUUGCUGUGGUUGCAGUGGCGCAGUAUCACACUGUUCUGUUCUUGGUCCUUCUCUCAAAUGGCCUCAGCUAUGUCCUCGGCAUCUGCAACGACGCGGGCUACAUGGGGCUGAAUCGUGGCAUUCUUUGGUGGCCCAUCGCGGACCCAAGCAAUCCCUGCGAGCUCUAG